GCUAUCCAACACACUACACUACACUUUGAUGUGUGGGUGCACGGUGAUGGGGACAGCAUAUCAUCAGAACAGUGUUCAAAACAUCGGUAAACAACAACUUCAUAAUCCGCCAUGAACGCUUCAUCCGACAAUCGACCGGACGGACUCCCGCCAACAAUCUCUCGCUUACCACGGCUCGCCCACCGCAAACCCGCUCUAGGAUCCUCCUCGUCAAACUUGCGGACCACCUCGUCUCUCUCGGACCUGCGUGGUACUCCUCUGAAAUCUUCGACUAGCUGUGGAAUCAAGUAUGUCGCCUCGCCUGCGGGUUCGGAGAAGAGCUCUGGGGCGUCGAUCACUCGUACACCUGUCGUCACAGCCGGACGAGGAAACCCAUCCAUACACGCCAGACCGACCCCGAAUACAAGGCCGAGUCCGAGUAUCAGAGCUGGGACACCCGGGAGCUCAGGGAGACUGAACGUUUCUUCGCCUUCGAGUCUCCGCAAGGCCGCAUCCAGUGCGACCCUGGCCAAAGUCACAUUACCGGCUCAGGGAUCCCCCAUCCAGCGAAGCAACACGCCAACCACGCCAACCCGAGCGCAACCGAAGACAUAUUCGUCCCCUCAACAAUCGAUUCAACAAGCAGGUCAGGGAACCCCGGAGCGUUCUAAUGCAAACGGGGUAGCGCCGUCCACCCCUAGAUCGACGCUUCGAGCUCAGAUCGCUGCCAAACGAAGAGAGAUGCAGAGGAGUACCGAUUCGUCAUCCAUGGACCAGUCACUGAGAUCCGUGACAUCGAGAGGCUCCAUGAUGGACCAACAGGGUCUGGAAGAGAUGUUCAACGAGAUAGACCUUGCUGGAAGAGCCUCUGCUAGACGCCCUCCUCCUCCUUCGGCUAGCCAGUUUACGGGAAGUCGAUCCCGAUCGUCAGACGACCCGGAGGACCUGUUCGGCAGGUCUUUGGCGGAGACUCUGGUCAAGGCAUCGAGGUCUGGAAAGCUCAACGUCGCCAAUAUGGGUCUCGAACGAUUCCCAAGGGAGCUGUGGACUGGCGUCUUAGGUCUUUCCGAAGACGAAGUCGGUCCAGAACCUCCCACCGACGCAGCACAAGGAGCUCGUCCAGCUACAACUACCGCUGAGGACGUCUUCUCCGGCAAGUCGGGCUUCGGAGCGGACGAUCUCCCCCCACACGUACGUUCCCAGCAGAGUCGAUCGGAGACCAAGAAGCUUCUGGAUCAGGUUCCCUUUUACGAGCGGGAAGAUCUUACCGCGAUCAAGGCGUCGGGGAAUAUGCUCAAGGUGGUCGAACCGUACAUCGGCAUGUUUGGGGCGUUGAAGACUCUGGAUCUCCGAUCGAAUAUGCUCAGCGAACUACCACGAAACAUCAUCGACUUGAGGGAACUGGAGGUUCUCGAUAUCUCACACAACGCUUUCCAUUCUCUACCCAAAUCGAUCAUCCUCCUACCUUCCCUUGUGACGCUCGAUAUAUCCCACAACUCGCUAGCCGAAGUCUGUUUCCUAUCGGGCGAACGUCCGGACCAAGCCGUCCUCGACUACCGCAAGGACAACGCCUUUCUCACCUCGUUCCCCGGUACACCCACACGAUCAAAGUUCAUUGCAGAGGAUACGGACGUUAUCCUCCCGAGCCUCAAACGGAUGAUGCUCCAAGGAAACAAGUUGACGAAUUCGAGCUUGCCACCGGUUUGGCCGGAGAACCUGGAAUCACUGGAUCUCAGCGGGAACGCCUUGACAGGCCAAUGGGAUGUUACCAGCUUGGCAGCGUGUCGGCAGCUGAAGAAAGUGAUCGUAGCCCGGAACGGUCUGACUUCUCUGAUACGGGAUGAUGAUCAGGAAGGCUGGCGUAGUCUGGAAUCCUUUGAUCUAACCGACAAUGAAGUGCGGGAUGAGGAGGAUGUAGCUCAGGUCUUUGGGUCGCGAAGCGGGUUCAAUCUAAUCUUGACCGGCUGUCCUUUGCCACAAGCGCCAACGAGUAUGGUUCACUCGAUGAAGCCGUCGCGAGCGGCAGUCGAAUCGUCCUCUGAGGAUGACUCUGUGAGCGCAAAAUCGUGCUCAAGUAGCGAUCAACGGGGUACUGGUCCCUUGAAACAUCUGUACGAUCCCGUGCACCGAGAGAUCAUCGUAGACAGAUCUAGCGGGAAAGACUGCUUGGGACCGGAUCGGGAGUUUGAUCUUCAACUUGUUCUCGACGCCGUACCCGAGGAUAUGACUAUACGCAAGCUCGUGCUGGACGGGGUUCUGCCGCUCAAAUCGCUUAGGAUACCGUCAGGCGAGAGUCAGCUCAAGGCUAUCAAGGAGUUGAUCAUCGUCAACAGCUCUCUGGAGUCGACGGAUGACCUUUUCUCGUCUUUGGCCGAAGUCAUGCCGUACUUGGAAGAACUAGACUUGAGCGGUUCUCUCCUGACCCACUUGAAAGGCGUCGAUCGCCUCGUCGGAAACGGGCUGAAGAAGCUCGACAUUAGGGGUGCGAGAAUCGCCGAUAUCGAUGCCAUCGUAGGGAUCGCCAAGCAUGUCCGAGCGGGAACCUGGACAGGCAAAAUGUUACUCGAAGAGCUGGACCUGCGGGACAAUGCUAUACCCAGACUCGCUAAUGAACUCGGUUGGCUACCACUGCGCACGAUCAUGGUCGAGAACAACGAGUUCCGAAAUCCUAGCAGAAGGCAUUGGGAAAAAGGCACUCCUGCCUUGAUGCAGUGGUUGAGAGACGGAUUAUGAUGGUAUCAAACAAAGGCUUUACAAUGAUCC